AGAAAUGGUUCGUCAUCAGGACCAAAGUUUAAUAGAAAUUUUAAUGCAGACUAGUAACUAUGCUCUGCAACGAUGACGACUCAUCUGCUCAGGCAGUCAAACAAGGUGCCUUCGAUUUGGGUGACGUUGCCACGAAAACGCCCAAAACGUUGACCGACGAUGAAAAGAUUCGUCUGCAGGAGCAGAACAAACGGAUGAUAUCGAUUUCCAAGAGAAAACUGGAGCUGGAACGAAAGCAUUGGGACCUGUUCUACAAGCGGAAUGAAACGCGAUUUUUCAAAGAUCGGCACUGGACAACACGCGAGUUUGAAGAGCUGCUGGUUGGAUCUUCCCCUGGUAACGACGGUACUGGAAAUAGUGUUAAGACUAUGCUGGAAAUUGGUUGCGGCGUGGGUAAUUUGAUUUUCCCGCUGAUUGAGGACGGCCAUCGCGACUAUUUCAUAUAUGCAUGCGAUUUGUCGCCACGUGCCGUCGAGCUGGUCCGGCAACAUAACCUCUACGAUGAAGCGUACAUGAAUGCAUUUCCGUGCGACAUCACUACCGGAGAAGUGUUCCAAACGGUUCCGGAGAAAAGUCUGGACAUAGCAACUUUAAUUUUCGUCUUAUCUGCCAUUCAUCCGGAUAAGUUCCGGGCGGUGGUAGGAAAUAUCUUCCGUUUGAUGAAACCCGGCGGAAUGGUGCUAUUCCGCGACUAUGGUCUGUACGAUAUGGCCCAGUUGAGGUUUAAACCGGGGCACAAGAUUGCGGAGAAUUUCUACAUGCGCCAAGACGGAACCAGAAGCUACUAUUUUGCAGAGGACGAAGUAGGUAGUUUGUUUCGGGAUGAGGGAUUCGAAGAGGUGAUCAACAGCUAUAUUUACCGGAGGACCAUCAAUCCCAAGGAGAGCAUCGACGUUCCGAGAAUUUUUGUGCAGGGUAAAUUCCGGAAACCGUUUGGAUGAGAACCAAGCUGGUUGCAAUUUUUUGGAAACGUAUUUGAUGAUGCUGAUGAGCACAAAUGAGCCAUUAAGUUUUUCAACGGAACUAUAAUAUGGAGAAAAAACUGGCAAGAUCAGAUCGGAUGUCAGUAUCGAUACCGGGUAUGGCAUCAUCUGCCUUACUGCAAUUGAUCGUUGGGUCUGGAAAGCAGAAAUUCGAUUAACAUGGUAUUCAGUUAUGUAUUUUUACAAUUGAAUAAAAAUAAUGAUGGAUUAAA